AUGGACUCUAUAGGUAUUCCAUGUAGUCAUAUACUUGGUGUUUUAGAUCUUUUAGACAUUGCAGAGCUGCCAAAAUCAUUAGUGCUGCAAAGAUGGACUAGAAAAGCUAAGGAAGGCAUUAGUGGAUAUGAUGACAUAGGCGGCUUGAUGGAGGAUUCCUUGGCUAUCAGUCAGCGUGCAUGUUUGACACAUUGGUGUAAACAAGUUAUGAACGAAGGGUGCCUAAAAAGUGAUCUAUUUAAUGAAUCACGAGAUGCAUUGGUAAAUAUACUUUCAUGGAUUAUGGCUCAUAAUGGGGACGAUAACAUGAUGGAGAGGCAUGUGGAAUACAUAUAUAAAGGCCUUGAAAAGAAUGGAAGUAUUGAGACAGAGACCACAAGGAAGCUUAAGCAUUGCAGCUAUUGUCGCAAGGGAGGUCAUAACAUUGCUACGUGUUCCAUGAGGAAAAUAGAUGAAAGGACUCCCCAAUUUGAUGGUGAUGCUAAGGAGAAUGUUGAGGGUGAAGAAUAA